AAUGGAGAGUGAGGAAGAGGAGGAAGAUGAAGAUGAGGAGGAGGAAGAGGAAGAGGAGGAAGAUUCAGAUUGGAAAAAUGAGAGAAAAACAGGGAAAAAAAGAGGAAAAAUUGGGGAAAAAUCCAAAAAAAUGACAAAAAACGGGGCCAAAAAAAGGAAAAUGGAGAGUGAGGAAGAGGAGGAGGAAGAGGAGGAAGAAGAGGAAGAUUCAGACUGGGAAAAUGGGAGAAAAACGGGAAAAAAUGGGGGAAAAUCGGGAAAAAUUGUAAAAAAACCCCAAAAAGUGGGAAAAAAUGGGGCCAAAAAGGGGAAAAUGGAGAGUGAGGAAGAGGAGGAGGAAGAGGAGGAGGAAGAUGAGGAAGAGGAAGAUCCAGGUGGGAAAAAUAGAGGAAAAAAGGGAAAAAAUGGGGAAAAAACCCCAAAAACUGCAAAAAACGAGGCCAAAAAGGGGAAAAUGGAGAGUGAGGAAGAGGAGGAUGAAGAUGAGGAGGAAGAGGAAGAUGAAGAGGAAGAUUCAGAAGAGGAAGAUGAGAGAAAAUCUGGAAAAAAUGGGAAAAAAUCGGGGAAAAUUGUGAAAAAACCGCAGAAAACAGCAAAAAAUGAGGCCAAAAAAUCCAAAUUUGAGAGUGAGGAAGAGGAGGAUGAAGAUGAGGAGGAAGAGGAGGAAGAGGAGGAAGAUUCGGAUGGGAAAAAUGGGAAAAAACCGGGAAAAAAUGGGAAAAAACCCCAAAAAAUUAUAAAAAAAGGGGCCAAAAAAUCCAAAUUUGAGAGUGAGGAAGAGGAGGAGGAAGAUGAGGAUGAAGAUGAGGAGGAAGAGGAGGAAGAGGAGGAAGAUUCAGAUGGAAAAAAUGAAAGAAAAAAUGGGAAAAAACCAGGAAAAAUGGGGAAAAAACCCCAAAAAUCGGCAAAAAACGCGGCCAAAAAAUCCAAAUUUGAGAGCGAGGAAGAGGAGGAUGAAGAGGAGGAGGAAGAAAAUCCCAAAAAAGCCUCGAAAAUUCCCCAAAAAUCCCCAAAAAUUCCGGAAAAUUCCUCCGGCUCCGAUUCCGAGGAUUUGCCGUUGGCGAAAUGGGCGGAAAAAAGGAAAAAAGGGGAAAAAAAGGAGGAAGAGGAGGAGAAGAGGAAGAGGAGGAGGAGGAAGGACAAGGAGGAGGAAGAGGAGGAGUGGUGGAGGCGCGGGAAGGACCCACCGGAAGUGGCGCGCUUGAAGCGCUACCUCCGCGCCGCCGGGGGGCGCCCCAACUACAAACGCCUCUUCCGGAAGUGCCGCAGCCGCCGCGAGGUCCUGGAGGCGCUCAGGGGCGCCCUGCGAGACCUGGGCCUGCGCGGCGCCCCCUCCCUGGCCCGGUGCCGCCGCCUGGGCCGGCGCCGCGAGGAAAAAGCCGAACUCGCCGCCCUCGACGCCUCCAACAUUUUACCCGCGAGAUCCCGGCGGAGAAACCCCGAAAAUGCCCCAAAAUCGCCCCCGAAAUCGCCCGUCCCUCCCCCGGAUUGGUCGCGGCUCCGCGGCGUCGUCAGCUCCGACAGCGAGUGAAGGAUUUGGACUUUUUGGGGGGAAUUCUUGGGGUUUUGGGGUUUUUACGGGUUUGGGAUUUGUGCUGUAAAAAUGAGGAUGGAAAUUUAAAAUGUUGUUGUAAAA